CGGCGCCCCGUGGUCCACCCGUGUAGCUGUGCAGCAGCUGUGAACGGACAACAAUUUUUAAAGCUGUUGCUGUGCCAAGAACCAGAUGUGAAAUGGCCACUACAGGAAAGCCUGUUAAAAAGGAAAUCAAAAGGCAUAUUCUAGCCAAGACAUCCUUCACAUCACCAUUCACUCCAAAAUGGAGCCCACUUCCCCAAGAAGACAUGCAUUUCAUCCUGAAAACCAUAAAGGACAAGCUGGUUACCACAGGUCUUCAGAAGAAAGAGGUGAAAGUGUUUCGCCCAUGGAAGAAAAAGAAAGACCAGAAACCUGCUGCCACAUUAGAACCUGGUUCCCAGGUGAGACCGGAUGCACAGGUGCAGGAUUCUCCCCAAAACGGCUGGACAGAUGUGGGAGCCAGAAGACAGCUGGCCAUUGGCAUCAAUGAGGUCACCAAAGCUUUGGAGAGGAACGAGCUCAAACUGUUGCUUGUGUGCAAGUCCGUCAAGCCGAAACACAUGACCGAUCACCUGGUAGCGCUGAGUGCAACGAGAGGUGUGCCGGCCUGCCAGGUGCCACGGCUGAGCCAAAGCGUGUCGGAGCCGCUGGGGCUGAAAAGUGUCCUUGCGCUGGGGUUCAGACAGUGUGCCUCCAAAGACGACGAGUUGUUCACUGACACUGUUGACGCCAUUACACCCAGGGUGCCUUCACUGGGUGUUGCAUGGCUACAAGGUGCAGAACCCAGCGUAACACCUGAAGACCCUGCUGGCAUGGAAGAGGAGGAGGAAACUGCUGAGAGGAAGGCCCAGAAAAGGAAGCUUGAGACUGAAUCUGAGGAGGUCACAGAGUUGGCCUCCUCCUGCACUCUGCAACCUCUCAAUGUGAAGAAAAUUGUUGCUAACACUGGAAAGAAAAAAAGAAAGAUGUAAUCAUAGCCAGCCAAAUAAGCUGAACCACUGUCCAGAUAUUAAAAGGACCAUUCUUAUAUUUUUCCAUGUUGCAUGUCCAGUGGUUUCCAAUAUUCUUUUGGCUUUUGGGCAAUUAAUGAGGUAGAGUUGUGACUUGUGACUCCUUUGUCACACAUUAUGGCAUUUAGUGUGGACAUGUGUCAUAUCCUCCCAGGUUGUUUCAUUUGAAGAAUUUUAAGAGGCCUAUAGAGGUGAAAAUAUUUCAAAGUCAGAAAAAAUGAUCAGUUUUGUAGAACAGGAAUGCAUUCUUCGUGUGAAGCCUCAGAUUUAUCUUGGGAACCAUCCCGCACUGCCCGCAUGUUGGGAUCCACUGUUUCAUUACAUUUACAUAAACUUAGCAUAUCCCAGAUUUUAGUUUUGUGAAUGCAUUGCAGUUGUUGGUUUAUAAUCAUUUAAUACACCUUUCAAAUACAUUUACAAUGACUCAGAACUUGCUUGAGAAAUGUAUGUAAUUAAUUACAGUGAACUAACAUUGCUUUCAGCUUUUCCAUGUGAGGAUUUGCUGCUUUUUGGGAGGGUUUUGGAGUGUUAUUAUUUGAAGAUGUCACUUUGGGCUCUGAGAAAUAUUUUUUAUAUUUUAAGUUUUAAUUUUAUUUUACAGACAAAACAAUUAGCAGCUAUAUUUAUUACCUAUUAGAUAAUGAAUAUAGUCAUUACUUACUGCCCUGUAAUAUAACACCAUGUCAAUUUUUAUUUUUGUCUAUGAGAGAAUCAGACAAUUGACUUUCAAAGGGGCUCAUUCCAACAUUAUUUGUUGGAAUGAGCUACCCCUCUAAAGCAAGUAAAUCUUUGUCCUCAUACUGAUAUGAAACCAGUGGCUGCAUGAAGGGCAUGGAAGUUUACAUGAUUCACAGUAACUUGGUUGACAUUUGUUAGGACCCUGGUGACCCUUUAAAUUGAAGUCAAAUUGUAUUGGCCAUUAACUGGCACAACAUAGAACAUUUAAACUGAUGCAGUUGAUUUUGUGUUUCUGAUUUUAAAGGAUGUGUGUGAGAUGACACAUUUGUCAGUCUUCGGUAAAUACGACUGAAGCUGAAAACAGCAGAAAAGGAUUAGUUUCAGACCUCAACCAAUUAAAAACAUUUUUGGGCCGAGUCCAUUUAACAUUGUCACAGUUCAAACUAAUAUACGGUAAAUAUGCUCCCCGUCAUGUUAAAAACAAGUGCAAUACUCAUGUUCCUUUUUAAAGUGAGUUUAUUCAAUCAAAUAUCCAUGCUGGUAUAGCUGACGUGUGUUGAAACAGAUUGUUAUUUGCAUGGGGUCAUGUCUAAAUGAUGCUGGUACAAGUUCUUCAGCUUUUUCACAGCUUACAAUGGAUUUGAAUAAAAAUAUUGUUCUUCAGUUAGAGAAAGCUGUAUGUCAUUUCAAAAGUACGCCCCCCACCCCCAAAAUUGUAAUUAAAAAACAAAAAAAAUCUUUGAAAUAAGGCAGGUACUUCGGGUUUUCUCACUAAAGGGUGUGGCUAGUAACAACGCUAAAAUCAUCACGGCCGCAGAACGGACAUGCUCAAAGUUCAUUCAAACAGCUGCAGGCAACACAUCUGUGACACAACCAACAUCCAUGAGGCACACCGUUGACUCAACAACUCAGUUUCAGUGCUAAAUUAAUGCCAGCAACAUCUGUCUUUGUGAAUACAACUCAUUCGACCUUAAUAUGGUUUAAAAAAAAAAAAAAAAAAAAACUUUAAACCCUGAAGCACUGGCUGUCUGUUGGUUGUCCUUUUCUUGCUAAGAUAUAAAGGGAUGAGAAGAAAAUUACACCACAUACAGAAAGAUGAACAACAAAAAUGGCAGCUGCCUCUACCUCUUAAUUUAUGCAGAGCCACACAGGAACAUCAAACACAAAGUAACAAACUCAGAGCAAAAAAGACUAUUUUAAAACACUUUUAACCUUUGAGUACACCAGCAGCAGCAUCAACCAUCCUCACCCUGCUCAGCUGAGCACAGGGACAUGCCAAAUACUCCAAACCCUCAAAAAUCAGUUUUGACGUUUCCCAUUUAACUGGACAUUUUAGAGAAAUACUGGAAAGAAACAGAACAGGAAUUAUGCCUGAAGACAUUUUGCAAAGUACAAGUAUAAAUAUCAGAAAUGUUCAAAGAAUUUCACGCAUUUAGCUGCACAACACAAUAAAAUUGACCCACAGUAUGUUUUUCAGACACACAAAUACAGUACCAUUAAAAAAAAACAAAUACAGAGAAGUCAAUAAAAAUGGACCUGGAAAAACAGGAAAAGCUCAAAUUUCAAAUUGAUGCGGUUACUGAUACAGGCUUUUGUUUAUUCAGCCACUGUACUGCGAAUACAUGCUAAUGCUAAAUUAUUCACCAGACACUCAAUGUUGUGCUCAAUUCUCUUUGUUGUAUUUAGCUGAGAGUUUGAUUUCUGAUGACACAUCAGGUGAGAAAACUGAUGCUUAUAUGUGUAUUAAUAAAAGAAAUGUUUACAAGCCCACAGUUGCACUUCUGGCCAAUCAGCUGCUUUACAGGGACAUCCUAUUCACGGCUCUGCAAGAGAAAGUAAUUGGUGGUAGUUUCUCUGUGUGGCAAUGACAAAAUUAAGAAAAGAAAACUGACCGUGGAUGCUUUAAACGUGACUUAAGUGACAACAUUACUCUUUCAAAGUAAGUAUGCCAUUGUUACGCGAUAAAACCCUCUAGAC